GUCAGGCUUCCGAGGAGCGAGGAGCAACGCCUCCCUGCGAGUUCAGCCGGCGGCGGCGCGGAAGCCAGCGGAGCGGACCACCUGCCGCCCUGAUCCGUUGGACUGGACCUAGCCAGGGAGCGGUCCCCCAGCCGCAGCCGCCGGGGCGAGGAGCGGUGACAGCGCAGGAGCUCCGGGGGGGAAGGGAGGAAGGAGGAGAGACAAAGGGAGCGAGCCUGACACUGCUUCCCUGCGCCGCCCACCAUGUGUCAGUCAGAGGCGCGGCGAGGACCGGAGCUCCGCGCGGCAAAAUGGUUGUAUUUUCCCCAGCUGGCCCUGAGGCGAAGGCUGGGACAGCUGAGCUGCAUGUCCAAACCCGCCCUGAAACUGCGCUCCUGGCCCCUGACGGUCCUCUACUACCUCCUGCCCCUUGGCGCCCUCAGGCCACUCAGCCGGGUGGGAUGGAGACCCGUGAGCAGGGUGGCCCUGUACAAGUCGGUGCCGACGCGCUUGCUAUCGCGGGCUUGGGGCCGUCUCAACCAAGUGGAGCUGCCGCACUGGUUGCGCAGGCCCGUCUACAGCCUGUACAUCUGGACUUUCGGGGUUAACAUGAAGGAGGCCGCCGUGGAGGACCUGCACCACUACCGCAACCUCAGCGAGUUCUUCCGGCGCAAGCUGAAGCCACAGGCCCGGCCCGUGUGCGGCCUGCACAGCGUGAUCAGCCCAUCGGAUGGGAAGAUCCUCAACUUCGGGCAGGUGAAGAACUGCGAGGUAGAGCAGGUGAAGGGGGUCACCUACUCGCUGGAGUCGUUCCUGGGCCCUCGCAUCCCCGCAGAGGACCUGCCCUUCCCACCAGCGACCUCCUCUGGCUCCUUCAGGAGCCAGCUGGUCACCCGAGAAGGGAACGAGCUCUACCACUGCGUCAUCUACCUGGCCCCCGGGGACUACCACUGCUUCCAUUCCCCCACUGACUGGACUGUCUCCCACCGGCGCCACUUCCCAGGCUCCCUGAUGUCCGUGAACCCCGGCAUGGCCCGCUGGAUCAAAGAGCUCUUCUGCCACAAUGAGCGGGUAGUCCUGACUGGUGACUGGAAACACGGCUUCUUCUCACUGACGGCUGUGGGGGCCACCAACGUGGGCUCCAUCCGCAUCUACUUUGACCGGGACCUGCACACAAACAGCCCACGGUACAGCAAGGGCUCCUACAAUGACUUCAGCUUCGUGACGCACACGAACAAGGAGGGCAUCCCCAUGCGCAAGGGCGAGCACCUGGGCGAGUUCAACCUGGGCUCCACCAUUGUGCUUAUCUUCGAGGCCCCCAAGGACUUCAACUUCAAGCUGAAAGCGGGACAGAAAAUCCGAUUCGGGGAGGCUCUGGGCUCUCUCUAGAGCCUCUUUCAUGGCCACAGCUGCUGAGGGGUCUUUUCCACAGAAAUGUGAGGGUCUUUUCAGGGGGAACCUCUGAGGCUAUCUAGGGAGGGGACCGUCGGGUCUGACCAGGCAGGACCUGGGUGACUCCUGUCCCUGCUGUCCAGGGUGCGGACAGGGUUGUCAGAGCCCCCCCUCGUGUCCUAGACCUACAUCUUCCCCCUACCCACCUGAAGAGAAAGUGCAGGCCGGGACGAUUGAUUCCCUCUUGGAGAUUUUCUAACGUGUUGUAUAAACUGGAGACUCUACAUCUCCUGGCCGAGCAUUCGGUUGGUCUGAUUUCCGUUUUAAGAUAAGUGGUAGUUAAAGUACAUUCUUGCUGCUCCUCCUAUCACUGCUUUUUGGCCUCCCUUGCAUGGGGUGAGGUGCCUCCUGGCACUGACUGUGGGUCCCAGACCAGGGCCCUUAAGGCAACUGCUCCCAAAUUUGCCCCACCCUGCUUGUUGGGAAAAGCUGUCUUCUCUCUCUGCACUUGUGGCUGAAUGCAUCACCUCCGACUCUGCCGUCAACUUCCGAGGGUGCUCACUAAUGGCUCUGUGCGUUGCAGGCCCCGAUGAGUGACCUCCCGGAGCUGGCAGGUCCUCUUUCCAGUAGGCAGGACCCAUUACCAAACCCCCUCAGUGGUGUCCAAAGCAAAAGGGGCAGGCAGCUAGCUGGUGGUGGCCCAGCUGGGGCCAGGGGAGAGCUUGGGUCCCCUGUAUCUAGACCUACAGAAAGUUGCUGCUAUUGAUCAGGGGCUUAUGUUAGAGGCAGAGGAACCUUGGUGGUGUAUUUGAUGUGUGGAGGAGGGGAGAAUGUCAGUGCCUAGAAAACCUGUGCCCAGGCAACAGGUAGACAGUCCUUAGGGAGCCACUGAUUGUGGGGAUAGGGCCAGAUUUCAUGUUUCCUGGGGAUGCUGUGAAUUUCUCCUGCAGGAGAAGCCAUUUGAACUUUUUCAACUGUAUCAGUAGCACAGUAUUUUUGUAUGAAAAGUGGGAGACUUCUGAACAGUAAUUCAUUUAAUUGCAACAUUUUGAAAUAAACUCACUGCAGUUUUGCA